GAGGCCCUGGCAGGGCUGAGGUUCAGGAAGAGGGCGGGGUCCUCAGUCGGGACCCAGGAUGGCGGAGGCUGAUCCCCCUUUGGACCAGGAGCUGGAGAGCGAGCCCCGCAGCUGGUCCUUGUUGGAGCAGCUGGGCCUGGCGGGCGCAGACCUGGCGGCCCCCGGGGUGCAACAGCAGCUGGAGCUGGAGCGGGAGCGACUUCGGCGAGAGAUCCGCAAGGAGCUGAAGCUGAAGGAGGGGGCUGAGAACCUGCGUCGGGCUACCACUGACCUGGGCCGCAGCCUGGGGCCGGUGGAACUGCUGCUGCGUGGCUCCUCCCGCCGGCUCGACUUGCUGCACCAGCAGCUGCAGGAGCUGCAUGCCCACGUGGUGCUGCCCGACCCUGCGGCCACUGCCCACGAUGCCCCCAAGUUCUCCAGUGAGAGUGGCCCAGCCUGCUCGGCCACAAACUUGAGCCGCGUGGCUGGCCUGGAGAAGCAGCUGGCCAUUGAACUGAAGGUGAAGCAGGGGGCGGAAAACAUGAUCCAGACGUACAGCAAUGGCAGCACCAAGGACCGCAAGCUGCUGCUGACAGCCCAGCAGAUGCUACAGGACAGUAAGACCAAAAUUGACAUCAUCCGCAUGCAGCUCCGCCGGGCACUGCAGGCCUGCCAGCUGGAAAGCCAAGCAGCCCCAGAUGAGGCCCAAGGGAGUCCGGACUUGGGGGCCAUGGAGCUGCGCAUUGAAGAGCUGCGGCACCACUUCCGAGUUGAGCACGCGGUGGCAGAGGGCGCCAAGAACGUGCUGCGCCUGCUCAGUGCCGCCAAGGCCCCUGACCGCAAGGCGGUCGGCGAGCCAUCCCUGCAUCACACCCCCUGCCCCACCAUGGUUGCCCCUCACCAACUGCCACUUGCAUGCUGGCUACUUCUGUACAUGCCCACUUCACCUGCGGCCUCCUCACCUUGGCCUGCCCUGAAUGUGGUCCCCGCUGAGCCAGACACUCCCUUAGGGACCCUGGAGGUGCGUGUGGUAGGCUGCAGGGACCUUCCAGAGACCAUCCCCUGGAACCACUUACCCUCGACUGGGGGGCCUGGAACCCCUGACAGCCGAACCCCCUUCCUGAGCCGCCCAGCCCGGGGCCUUUACAGCCGAAGUGGAAGCCUCAGUGGUCGGAGCAGCCUCAAAGCAGAAGCUGAGAGCACCAGUGAGGUUAGCACUGUACUCAAGCUGGAUAACACGGUGGUGGGGCAGACAUCCUGGAAGCCCUGUGGCCCCAACGCCUGGGACCAGAGUUUCACCCUGGAGCUGGAGAGGGCACGGGAACUGGAAUUGGCUGUGUUCUGGCGGGACCAGCGGGGCCUGUGUGCCCUCAAAUUCCUGAAGUUGGAGGAUUUCUUGGACAACGAGAGGCAUGAGGUCCAGCUGGACAUGGAACCCCAGGGCUGCCUGGUGGCCGAGGUCACCUUCCGCAACCCUGUCAUUGAGAGGAUACCCCGGCUCCGACGGCAGAAGAAAAUCUUCUCCAAGCAGCAAGGGAAGGCAUUCCAGCGUGCCAGGCAGAUGAACAUCGAUGUUGCCACAUGGGUGCGGCUGCUUCGAAGGCUCAUCCCCAAUGCCACGAACACAGGCACAUUCAGCCCUGGGGCUUCUCCCGGACCUGAGGCCCGGUCCACAGGUGACAUAUCCGUGGAGAAGCUGAACCUCGGGGCUGACUUAGAUAUUUCCCCUCAGAAGAGCCCUCUGGGCCCUCCUUUCAGCCCAUCGAGCCUGAGUUCCCCAAUCCAGGAAACAACCACCACACCUGUGCUGCCUUCAGAGACCCAGGAGACCUCAGGCCCCGCCCUGUGCAGCUCUCUCAGGAAGUCACCCCUGACCCUCGAGGAUUUCAAAUUCCUGGCGGUGCUGGGUCGGGGUCACUUUGGGAAGGUGCUGCUCUCUGAAUUCCGGCCCAGCGGGGAGCUGUUUGCCAUCAAGGCUCUGAAGAAAGGGGACAUUGUGGCCCGAGACGAGGUGGAGAGCCUGAUGUGUGAGAAGCGGAUCUUGGCAGCAGUGACUAAUGCGGGACAUCCUUUCCUGGUGAACUUGUUUGGCUGUUUCCAGACACCGGAGCACGUGUGCUUCGUGAUGGAGUACUCGGCCGGCGGGGACCUGAUGCUACACAUCCACAGCGACGUCUUCUCUGAGCCCCGUGCUGUCUUCUAUUCAGCCUGUGUGGUGCUGGGGUUGCAGUUUCUCCACGAACACAAGAUUGUCUACAGAGACCUGAAGUUGGACAAUUUGCUCCUGGACACCGAGGGCUAUGUCAAGAUCGCAGACUUUGGCCUCUGCAAGGAGGGGAUGGGCUAUGGGGACCGGACCAGCACAUUCUGUGGAACCCCAGAGUUCCUGGCCCCCGAGGUGCUGACGGACACGUCAUACACGCGGGCAGUGGACUGGUGGGGACUGGGCGUGUUGCUCUAUGAGAUGCUGGUUGGCGAGUCCCCAUUCCCAGGGGAUGAUGAGGAAGAAGUAUUUGACAGCAUCGUCAAUGAUGAGGUUCGCUACCCCCGCUUCCUGUCAGCCGAAGCCAUUGGCAUCAUGCGCAGACUGCUGCGGAGGAAUCCGGAGCGCAGGCUCGGGUCCAGCAACACUGACCUCUUCCUUCUCUCCCUACAGACCCUGGGCUGGGAUGCCCUGCUGGCCCGGCGCUUGCCGCCGCCCUUCGUGCCCACGCUGUCGGGCCGCACAGAUGUCAGCAACUUCGACGAGGAGUUCACGGGGGAGGCCCCCACGUUGAGCCCGCCCCGCGAUGCGCGGCCCCUCACGGCCAAAGAGCAGGCAGCCUUCCGGGACUUCGACUUUGUGGCUGGGGGCUGCUAGCCCUCUCCCUCACCCCUGCCCCGACCCAGCUGUUAGUAGUUUUUAAAAAGGCCUUUGGGGUUUGCCCCCCUCCAUGCA